UUCAAAACUAUAAUAACUCUGCUGCAGGGUCCAGGAUGAUCAAGAAGCUGCUGGUGGAUGUGGACUGUGGGGUGGACGAUGCUCAGGCCAUCAUGUUGGGACUGGCCGCCCCCAACGUGGAGAUCCUGGGUAUCACCUGUGUGCAUGGAAACACCACAGUGGAGAACGUGUGUAAGAACACACUGCGCAUUCUGCAAGCCUGCAAUAAACUGGAGAUUCCGGUGUUUAGAGGUGCUGCUAAACCAAUUCUAGGGAACACUAUUGAUGCGGGACACUUCCACGGGAUGGAUGGACUGGGAGACGCUCCUGACCCCAAUGCUCCUGGUCUAGACCUGGUUCAGAAGGAGGGCGCUGUGUCAGCUAUGAUCAGGAUUGUCAAUGAGAACCCAGGAGAGGUAUCUCUGGUUGCCACGGCACCGCUCACCAACCUGGCUUUGGCUGUGAGGAUGGAUCCUUCUCUGCCAAGCAAACUGCGAGGGCUCUACAUCAUGGGAGGCAACACUGAAUCUCGAGGGAACACCACAGUGUGCGCUGAGUUCAAUUUUGCAGCCGAUCCAGAAGCAGCUUACAUCGUACUCAACGAGUACCAGUGUCCCACCUACUUGGCCUGCUGGGAGUUUACCUGCUACAGCAAACUGUCCUGGGAGUUCUGUGAUGUCUGGCUGGCGCAGGACUCACAAAAAGCUCGCUUCAUGAGACAGAUCAUCCGCCACAGCCUUGAAGCGUCAAAAAGCGAGCGCUCGGAGAAGGAGUUUGUUGAUGGCACAGGUUUCAUAUCCUGUGACUCAUAUGCCAUGGCUGCCGCUGUGGACGAUUCAUUCAUCAUAGAAAGCGACCAUUAUCCAGUUACUGUAGAGCUGACGGGCACGCACACUAGAGGCAUGAUGGUAGUAGAUACUUUGGACCACCUGAAGAAGACUCACAAGGCUGUCAUCAUGAAGAAGGUGGACUUGGGCAAGUUCGAGCAGAUGAUGAUGGCUGCUUUGAAAUAACAGCUCUGAAUGUAGUGAGGAGACAUGAGUGACCACAGCGUUGCUCUAUUUUUCCUUCUUUCUCCCGUCCACAUUUUAGGACUCAGUAUGAAGAUUUUCUGUUGAGUUGAUCCUCUGUUAAAACUCACAAAUGCUAAUGUUUCUAAAAUGUUUUGUGUUUUUACUUAUAACAUGUUUUUUUUUUACCAAGUAGACCAUUGUGAAACUGCCUUCAAACUGUCAGUUUAUACUGGCUAAAGGAAGAAAGACCAGCACAGGAUACAUUUUGUACAUUGAAGUAUUAACGGUUAUGGAAAACUUACUACUGUAUAUGUAAACUUCAACUGUAGGAUUGCACUAUUAUAAAAAUCAGGAAAUCUAUAUUAUAUAUGAUCUUAUUUUUAAGUGAGAUGUUUUCAAGC